CAUAUAAAAAUUUUAGGAAGAAAAAUAUAAUAAUAAAAAAUUGAUAGAAAAAAUGAAAGAAAAAAUAAAAAAGUAAGUUGUGUUCGUUGUUAAUAUCUACACACUAUGAUAGUAAUCAGUGGCUAAGAGAAGGGGGUUGAAUUUUAACCCAUUUUUUGCUGAGUGUUAUUUUCUACCCUUUGAAAUGACUUCAAGAGAUUUUUCUUCUUUUUGUCUCGUAUCUAGUCAAGAGACAUUUUCUUUUUGUCUCGUAACCAGUCAGGAGAUAAUUUAAGAGAGAAUCACACCAUGGUUCAGCAAAGUGCAAUGCAGCUUACAUCUAGUCUCCAUCACAACAAUGAUGGAAUUUCACUAUAAUCAUCUUGAUUACAGACACCAAUAUGCAAUUACCUCUCUCUUAUCCAUUUUCUUUAAGUUUCAUCAAUAUGAGCCUUCCAUCUUGACUUGGUUUCCAAGAAGGAUUUCUGACCCUUGAUGAAUACUUGAUCCUUGACAGCUCUUUCUACUCCACUUCUGCAUCCUUCUCCACGUAGCUACAGUAGCUAUCUUUUGUGAUGGAUGAACAAAAAGUAGAGAUGAACCAUACCACAUGGAUCUUCUUAUUUGUUAAAUAUAAUUUUAUAUUUUAAUGUGUUUGUCUGCCUGUAAAUAAAUGUUUGGUAUAAUACAUUUAAGGUUAUAAUUUUUCUGGAGAGAGAAUACGUGAGCAACAAAAAAAAAUUAUAAUUUCAUUGGCCAGCGAUGUAACGAGCAACUGAAAGGCUCAAUUGUGAUUUGUGCAAUGCCAUUAAUGAGAAUAACAUAUCUUAUCCAUAGAAAAACUCAGUAAUUAAGCAAUUGCCUCUCCAUAAUUAAACUUUCUCGGAAAAUGGAUGAGUAAGCUAAUCAAUGCGGACUAUAUAUAUAUAUAUAUAUUGCUAGCAUUAGUAUCAGUAUUUGGACAACUAGUUACAAUCUAGUUUAUGGUAUCAUUUGAAUGCAUGACUAGUAAAAUGUAAAAUGGAAGUAAAAAGAAUUAAGCACUAUAGCAGUUGUCAUCAGAUACUUCUUGUUGGAGAGGGGGACUUCUCAUUUGCACUUAGUUUGGCGACUGCAUUUGGUUCAGCUUCAAACAUCGUUGCCACUUCCCUUGACUCCAAAGAGUCACUAGUGAGAAAAUACUCUAGAGCUUCAAGAAACUUGGAUGAGUUGAAGAAUCUUGGGUGUACUCUUGUGCAUGAAGUAGAUGGCCACAUAAUGAACCAUCACCCACUCUUAGAGAACAAGUUAUUUGACCGAAUAGUCUUCAAUUUUCCCCAUGCUGGAUUUUAUGGAAAAGAGAGUCAGUUGCUGCAAAUUAUGCUGCACCAGGAGGUUGUAAGAGGGUUCUUGAAGAGUGCUAGGAAGAUGUUAAAGGAAUAUGGAGAAGUUCAUGUUACACACAAGACAGCAUCCCCUUUUUCUUACUGGGGAAUAGUGAAGCUAGCAAAGGAAGCUAAGUUGUCAUUGGUAGAAGAAGUACCUUUUGGAAUAUUUGAUUAUCCAGGUUACAUUAACAAGAGAGGUCAUGGAAAUAGAUGCGACGACAGCUUUCCUGUUGGUCAAUGCAGCACCUUCAAAUUCUGUAUAUCACACAUUAUUGUAGAUUGCUAACUUGUGUCUGCUGUGUCUUAACCGUGUUAAAAAUAAAAAUUUUUUAUCUGAACCUGCGUAGACACGGACUUAAAUACCAUCACAGUUGUACAUGUUUUGUUAAAAUACCUAGUAUAGUAUUUUGUUUUGUUUUGUGAAAAUACCUAGUACAUGUUUUGUUUUGUGAAAGGAAAAUACCGAGUAGAGAGUAUUUUCCUUUGUUUUGGGACAUUAUUGUACAUGGUUGAUGAUAUUAUUAGCUAUAAUGAUAUAGU